AUGUUUUUAAAACAUUUAGACCUCACUACUGCUUUGAGGCCAUUCUAUUUGCCAGAUGAGGUCAACCUCUUUGUUCAAGAUAAUAUUGGACUUUAUGAAGGAAUAUGUUAUGUAGAUAAUGAUGACCCUAGAAGGAAUUCCGCGGCAAUAGAUCUCAAGGAUGUUGAUCGCGUUGAAUUCUAUGCAGCUAUAUCCGGUGCAAGCAAUCGACCAGCUCCAGCGUCCACACCAUUAAAGACACCAGUGCCAGUGAGAGGUAGUCCGGAUAUUCGCCCGCAAUCGGAUCUCUUCGAUUCACCUUUGAAUCGUUUCGGACCUGAUCAGAGUGGAUCCUCUUCAGCUCAGAGUAGUGAAGCACCUGUUGCCUGUCCCAGAUGCACUUUUUUGAACCACUCUUCACUUGUAGCCUGCGAACUUUGUGGGGCACCAUUACUAUCCCACGAUCUCCCAACAGAUGUGCAUCCGUCACAGCAACGUAGAAACUCCCCCGGCCCCACGCUCAAUAAUCUACCAGCUCCUGGAACCGAAACCAAUGAAAGCAUCAAGCUAUCAUUUCGGGGUGGUGGCGAAAAGGUAUUUCUUGAGCGUCUCAAAGCAUGUAUGAUACAGCGUAAAUGGCUUCUUCAUACUGCCCCUCCUUUCCCUAAACCCAACCGCCAUGCAAGGACAGAUAGUGGGUCAGGCUCUGGUACUUCUACAGCAGGUGGCGAGCGGGCAAAAACAGUUGGAAUAGCAGGUCUAGAGCAGAGACGUCUUGAAGAACGUAAGAAUAAUGAAUUUGUCAUAGGAAAUGCUUUUGAGGAUCUUGAUGCAUUGAUGUCCUCGGCUAAAGAUAUCAUUGCCCUUGCAGAAUCAUUGGCGAGCAGUAAUGGUGCGAAUGGAAAUACUGAGUCUAAUGCCGUUGCAAGUGCGCUUGGUUUGGUCACGACAAAAGAGAUGCUUGGUGGUGGAAGCAAUGCCGAGUCACUAUAUAUCUCAGAGCUGUCACGAAACCUCGCAGAAUUCCUCAUGGAUGAUGCCAGAGGAGUAUUACGCAAGGCUGGUGGUAUAAUUAGUCUGGUCGAUCUAUGGGCUACUUUCAAUCGUGCUCGGGGUGGCGUUGAACUUGUUAGCCCAUUGGAUUUUGAAAAGGCCGCAAGAUUGUGGGAGAAGCUAAAGCUUCCAGUACGACUAAGGCAGUUUCGAAGUGGGGUGCUAGUGGUUCAAGGCAGUGAUAGGACGGAUGAAAAGACUAUAAAGACUUUACUAGCAUGGUUAAGGGAUUUGCAUGUGUUUCCGCCAGAGAAAGAAGUACCUUGGGAUUGGCAAGAAUUUGGACAAGGUGUCACGUCGCAAGAUGCCGCAGAACGCUUUGGGUGGAGCAUUGGAGUUGCAGAAGAAGAGCUUGAAAUGGCUGAGGAAAGGGGAGCUCUAUGUAGGGAAGUGAGUAUAGAGGGUGUGAAGUUUUGGGAGAACUGGAUUGAUUCAACCCAGUCUCCAGCACCAAACUUACAGCUUGCUGAUGUGGGAAACCUUGUUGGCAGCUAUGUUCAAUGUGGCGCUUCCAAUAACUCUUCUACCUCAACUUGUAGCUCCUGUCAUCGAAGAAUGGCCCGCACUGCACCGUUUGGGUGA